CUUUCCCUCCAUCAAGCAACCGGUUCCUCAUCCUUGAGAGAAUACCCAAACCAACUUCAUCAACAUGGCGUCCGUAGGGGCGAUGUGGGGUCCGACGACCCUACGUCUCCUACGUGUCGCAGUGUCCAGAACCGCUGCCGCGGUUCGGACCGCCACGAGACCUCUCCAGGGUCAAGUCGAGCACGUUACUCUCCGCACAAGAAACCAACCGAUCCAUCCUGCCGCUCUGCUGAAACAGCAAAAGCGAGGCGCUCGAUGGUUCUCGUCAAACACCGCCAGGAACGUCAACCGCGUCGUCCGGCGAUACUUUACGUCCGAAGCCGGUGGCGUCCCACGACUCGAUCGAUCCAAGCUUCCGUCGUCAAAUACCUCUCGUCGAGUAGCGCAGUUCUCCGGGCGAGCUCCGUUUGCGAACACCCUUCGACCAAACCUCACAGGCGGGGCGUUGCCCCGUACGGCUGGCGGGUAUAGCUUGGGCGGAGGUGCGCGGUACUUUUCGCAUGGGCCAGCUGCACCGGCGCAGGUCGUUCAGAAUGUGUCCCAGGCGAUGCGGGCGAUCUUCGUCUCCGGCCAGAAGUUGCGGUACGAUGGCAUGAACGCGCGUGGCGAUCGCCAAUAUCGCAGCGUGUCCGACGCGGAGGACCGAGCCAUGCGCAAGUUUGCGGGCGUUCCAUUCCAGGCCGCCGGCGCCUACGUCGACUUCCAGACCACCCCCGAGGUCACCGCCCUCAGCCCCCUGGCCGCUGCCAUUGCCAACAAUGGCGGCUUCCAGGCAGAGGCUAUUGCUACCGAGACCACCUUGGAGACGGACGGCUUCCUCGACACACUCUCUGCCGAUUUCGGUCGCACGUUGAAGAACCUGACGGCCAUACACGCCGAUCUUGCAAGACUCAAAGCAUUCGGCGGCAUGCCUGUAACGCUGGAAGGCCAUGGCGUGAUCCGGGUGCGCUUUCCUGGUGUUGACGCCGAUACAGUCGAAGCAUUAUGCGCGGAAGCUGGCAUUCAACGCGGCGUUGUUGGGGAAGAUGCCAACUUUGGUCGCGUGCCAGAUGCUCCUAUCUCGCUCCAGUUUCCGUAUGCCCCGGGCGAAGACAGAACCGUCUCCUCGCCGGGAGGGUCUACACGCGCCCUGGACGAUUACGAAUUCGAAGAUAGUCUUUCAUCUCUCAGUGACGACUCGUUCAUUCGUCAAGCGUUCGUCGAGGAAGUGGAUGACAACCCUUGGCUCUCGGACUCGGAUUCAGACGGAUACAAAUCGAUGUCCCCGCCGUUGAGUUCAGGACAGCAUGUCUCGACGGACUUUGAGGGCUUGGAGGGCAUAUAUCGGUUCAUCGAGGAGUGCGAUCGAGGGCGGGACCAAUUUCGUUGACGAGAAGAAGAAGCAUUGUACGUUUUGAUACCACGGAUAGCGUCGUUCGAAGAUCUACACUCCCUCAGGCGCGGUGACAGACCGGCGUCUCCUUUCCUACUUUAUUGUGCAUGUUUCUCGUGUUGCGCUGCGUGUCCAGGGUUGUGCGCCUUGGGGGCGUUCGCUUUCGGGGUGAGCAGCUGUGUGUUGGUUGCGAGAUAUUGAAGACGCAUGCCGAACAGGAUCAAUGAUGCGCAGAGGCGAUCGCAUUGGUCUUGUUGGGUCAUGGCGACGAUUAUAACUGUGCACAGAAGAAGGGAAGCGGGACAUGACGGUACAAGCGUCGAGACCAAAUCGUGGGGCGGGCAAACCUCGGAAUGUUCAUUACUUGAGUCUGGGACGCUACUUUUCGUCCCAGUGCACGCGCUUC